AAGAAACAGUACGACGAGGAGCGCCAAAAACGUCCCUACGUACGACGUAAUGCAACAGAACACAUCGGGGAUAGAGGCGAAGAUACAGGGUGGUCUGAUAUGAUUAAGGGAGGGGUUAGGGAUAUUGAGAGUCCAUUCGAGGGAUCAGGAGUGGACAGUGACUACCAUGAAUCGGAAGAUGCAGAGAUUGAAAGUGAAGACGUGGAUGAGGGAUUGGAGUCCAGACAUGUGAAUCAAUCCACUUCGACGACUAUGCAUCGUGACGCUGGCUUACUUGGUUCUCAAACGUAGCAAUCUCCUCGAAAUACUGACCCGGAAAGCGAUGAUGAUAAGUCUGAAGACUGCCCGGGUUCUCGGCAAUCACUACCUGCAAGUCCAGUGCACAGCACCUUUUCAGAUGAUAGUAGCACAAACGUCGGGGAUGACGAGAUUCUAACGCUUGGUGUCAAAGUUGUAAGCGCAGGAAAGAACUCGCGCCUUAGAAUCGACACGGAUGAUGAAGGCGGGAACGACGGUGAUGAUGAGGAUGACACUGGGACAGAUCAGGAUGUCGACUCAGAAGCAACUGAAGAAGAAGAUGAGACUGAUUUUAUUGAUGAAAAUGAAAGCGGGGAAGAAGACGAAGGUACAUAUGUACCCCCUGCUUCAGUCGCGGCUCAGGUUGCAUCACUCAGCCCCCGUCAAUCGGAGCUUCGGUGCCCUCCAAGGAAACGGAAGCGAGAGGCGUCAGAGAGCGAGUCUGACUCCUCUGCUAGUGCGGGCAGCCAUCUUGCGAAACUUUACCCCUAUUCCCAGAAUGACGAUUCCGAUUCAACGCUCGACCGAGUGCCAUCUCCUGCCACAUCUCCUCCUGAGACACCCAAGAAAGCAAAGAAAACGAGGUUAAUGAGUCUCACGUCAGAUGAGCAAAGUAUUCGUUCAGCCACGCUAUCCGAAGAGGAACAAUUACAUGUUUCACCUUCGCGUUUCCUAAAGCGGGGGGUAGUCUUGUCUGAUGAAGAUUCUGAUUCUGAUGUGUAUCCUGUUUGGCAUCCUCGUGGCAAAGCUCAUAUUUGGUACGAAGAUUCGGAGGAUGCAGCCAACACUUCAUGAAACGGAUGCAGUUAUUGC